AUGUAAAAAUUAACCUAAGGCUUCUUACAAAAGAGUAUAUAAAACUACCCAAAAACACAAAAUGUAUUAUAAUGGGUAUGUGAUAAUAAAAAAACAAUCCGUUUCCGUUUAUUCAGCGAAAUUGAAUUAAAAAGCAUUAAUGACCCCCUGAAAAACAUAAACAAAGGCCUAGGUUUAGUAUCUUAACAAGAAAUCCAAGCUGGAUCUGAAGUUUUUUUAGUAUCAACUGAAAAGUCAAUAACUGGCUUAGAAUUGGUAGGAAGUGAUCGUAUAAAAGCGUAUGAAAUAAAUGAUUCUGUAACAAAAAUCGCGUCUAAGUAUUACGAAAAAAAUCCAUAUCAAUUUUAUUAUAUCUAAAAUGUACUCAAAAUAAUCACAUAACUAAAUGUGCAUAGUAAAUUCGAAACUAUGUAAUUAUAUCCAUAUGCAGAUUAUUUAUUGAAGUAUUUUCUAGAUAAUGCAAAUGAAAUACCUAAAAACCCAUUAUAUUGGGACACUAAUACUAUAAAAGGUAUAUAUUCUUCAUAUUUAGCUAGUUUAAUUAGUUCCACACAUAGUCAGUUUUAAAGUAUAACUGAAGAUCUAUAUAAUAAUAGACUUUUCGGGUUCGUUUUUUAGGAUUUUUGUAAUUAUAUGAGUAUUGUGAGAAGUAGAAAUUUGAAUUUUUUACCUGAAUAGCCGAAACAUUUUGAUAUUAAUUCAGUUGUUAUUAUGACUCCUGUAGUAGAUUGGAUUAAUCAUUCCUUUUAGCCUAAUUGUAGGGUUACAGGGACUUAUUUUGAACAUGAAAAUGAGAGCUAUGUGUGUGUUAAAGCGAUUAAAGAUAUUUUGCCGGGUGAGGAGUUAACUUUGAAUUACGGAAAUAUGCCAAACUACGAUUUUUUAAUGAAAUAUGGGUUUGUUAAUUAGAUAAAUGAAUUUAAUGAAUUUGGAUUAAAUUUGAACUUUGAUAAUUAUUUGGAAUAUACUUCUUAACAAUUUGAAUUAAAAUAAAAAAUUUUUAAAAUUUAAAAGGAUUUCACUUUAGACAGAUUUGUUAUUUAUUAAAAUAAAAUAAAUAAAGAUUUAUUAAGAACUUUAAGAAUUUAUUUUAUUAGUGAUUAAGAUGUUUUUAAUAAUACUGAAAUUUCCACCUAUAUGUUUAAUGAUUUUGAUAAAUAAAUUAGUACUUAAAAUGAAGUUUAAUUGUGCAAAUAUAUGAUUAAUAUACUUAAUUAGGAAAAAUAAAAAUACAUUAAAAAUAGAUAAAGUACACUUGAUUAUAACAAAAUAGAAAGAUAAGAUAAAAAAGGAUUAAUUAUUGAUAUAGAUACUUUAAAUGAAAUACAUCUUAUUUAAGACUAAAAUUAUAGAAAUAUGUUACAUAUAUGUAUUGAGGAAUAAAUUGUUAUCGACAAUAAUAUAAAAUUCUUUACAAAAAUGCUUGAAAAGGUUUAAUGA